UCCAGCAGAGAGCUAUUGUCGGAGGAGAGGGAACUGCAUCUUCUCUGAUCAGCCACGAGAGGACCCGGGGUCGCACUGGGGGCCUGACCAAGCCUGCGCCAGCAGCCGCCUGCCGCGCUCCGUGCCGUCCGCCCGCCGCAGCCUUACCUGCGGGCGCCUCCCUCUCCCCGCGGCUUCCCAGGGAUGCGCCAGCCCCCCGAGGGGUGCCCGGGACAGCAGUGAGCCGCGCCUCCGUGCCCCAUCCCGCUCCGCUUCUCCGAUGCCAGGGGCUCCCCCAGGAGGACGAGCAUGGUGGUUGCCCCUUGGAGCCCCCUGGUUUGCGACGUCUAAGAAGAUGCUUGCCAUGAGGUUCUUCACUUGCCUUCUGCAGCUUCUGGCUGGGCUGGUGCUGCCCCAACAGGUGUGGACCUUGUCUGCUGGGAAUAGCUCGUCCGAGGUGGAAGUGGUGCCCUUCCAAGAAGUGUGGAGCCGCAGCUACUGCCAGGCCCUGGAGAAGCUGGUGGACGUGACGUCGGAGUUCCCCAGCGAGGUGGAGUACAUCUUCAGCCCGUCCUGUGUGCCCCUGCUGCGCUGCUCCGGCUGCUGCGGGGACGAGGGCCUGAGCUGCGUGCCCGUGACCAAGAGCAACGUCACCAUGCAGCUCCUGAGGUUCCGGCCCGGGGAGCAGCCGUCGUACGUGGAGCUGACCUUCUGCCAGCAUGCCAGCUGCGAGUGCAGGCCUCUGGUGGAGAAGAAGAAGCCAGAAAGGAGGAGACCCAAGGUCAGGGGGAAGAGGAAGAGAGAGAAGCAGAAACCCACAGACUGCCACCAGUGUAGCUACACAGUUCCUGGGAGGUAACCAGGCCCUGGAGGAGACCCCGCCCCGGCUCGAGUAUUUAUUACCGUCACACUCAGUUACCUCCCUGCCGCCACCUGUCUCUAUUUAUUAGCCAAUCGUAUCCCUGCUGACUGACUCCUCCUCCCGGGAGGCCAGGGAGGGCCAGGACCCUCAGGAAUCCAGUGCCUUACACACAACGAGAGAGAAGAAGGCGAAGGCGGCCGCCGACAUGCGCGCCCUGCGGCUUGGCAAGAAGCCGGACAUGUGGC